AAGCAUCAUGAAAGAGAGUGCAACGGACUGCCGAAUUGCUUCAUGACUCGCCCGGUCAAGAUCCAAUGUUGGACAACCACCUAAAAACCAAAAAUAAAUAAGUAAGGACUCAUCUCUUUCUAUUCCCCUUCUCCGUUACUUCUAGACUUGUACCCUUUUGCCGGCAAAGAACCACGUAGAAAGAAGACUUGGACGAUCGGCGUUGUCGAACCACCUAUCACAGGUGCUUUUUGUUGAUUCUAAUUUGUGGGUACCUGUGGAGAGAGAUACUCACCAUGAUGCCAUAAGACAUUGCUCUUGCACUGGUUCUCUCCUCAUUUAGAUAAACAAGAUGAAUCUUGCGACCUCACUAUGUAGAAGACUGAAUCUCAAUGAACUAGUUACAAAGACUCCCGUCUACAACACUGCCAUUGAUGUAUCUGGAGGAGGACUGAGUCUGAUGUUCAGACGAUGGGCUACCAAAAAGACCGCAGGAUCCACAAAGAAUGGACGAGAUUCGAACCCCAAGAGUCUCGGGGUAAAAAAGUUUGGUGGAGAGAGAGUAAUUCCCGGGAACAUCAUUGUUCGUCAAAGAGGAACCCGUUUCCAUCCAGGAGAUUACGUUGGUAUGGGAAAAGAUCACACAUUGUAUGCUCUCAAAGAAGGUUGUGUCAAGUUUGAACGUCACAAGUUGAGCGGACGCAAGUGGGUGCAUGUUGAGCCCAAGGAAGGCCAUGUGCUUCACCCCGUCUACUCAAAUGCUGCUGCUGCUGCAGCUCCUAUGCUGAAGACUGCUUAAUUAUCUGGUUAUCAUCUGAAGUUAAUUAUGGGAUGCAACUCUACUGUUUUUGGUUUAUUUUAAAACUUCUAGGCAAUUGUGAUAAAUUAAUCUGAUUUUUUGAAAGCCUCUUUUCAUAUGUAAAAUAAGAUUUGGCAUGUUAUCGAUACUCCGAGUUCAUGAGCUGCUUAUUGAUACUGUGAGUUCUGAAAGCCUCUUUUCAUCUGUAUUCCCAGAGCUUGUGUUAUUGCAAUUCCAUUGAAUAUAUCCAAAGAAUAAUCCUU